UCCCUUGCCGCCCAGAUAUACUACGAGUAAGCAUCCACCAUUUGUCCGUCGCCACUAGCCACAGAAUCCAACGAAGAGAGAGAGACAGAGUACACUCCGCUCGCCGGCCGUUCCAUUUUCCUCCGCCCUCCCCGCCUUGUCCCGUUGCUGAGUUGCCGUCGGCUCGCCCGAAGCAGUUCGCCGCCGUUGAAGGACCAUCCCAGCUCGCUCGCCGCCAUGAAGAAGGUUGUGGUGAAGCUGGACGUGAACGACGACAGGCACAAGGCCAAGGCGCUCAAGGCCGUCUCCGGUCUCCACGGCAUCGACCAGCUGGGCGUGGACAUGAAGGAGCAGAAGAUGACCAUCGUGGGCACCGUCGACCCCGUCGCCGUCGUCGGCAAGCUGCGCAAGCUCUUCCCGGGCGCGCAGAUCUUCUCCGUUGGCCCGGCUAAGGAGGAGAAGAAGGACGACAAGAAGGACGGCGGCGGCGACAAGAAGGCCGCCGGAGACAAGAAGGACGGCGACAAGAAGGACGGCGGCGACAAGAAAGACGGAGACAAGAAGGACGGCGGCGACAAGAAGCCGGCCGUGCCGGUAUGCCCGCCCUACUGGUACCCGAUGCCGCCGCAGCCGCGCUACAUCGUCCACAGCGCCGAGGAGGACCCCAACUCGUGCGUCAUCUGCUGAACGACGCCGACGCGCCGCCGCCGCCCAUCCCCUGUACAUUUCGUCGCUGUCUGCCCUACCUGUCUUCCUCUGCCGCCGACGCCGCUGCCGGUGGUUGGUGGUUGUGUGAUGACUGUUGUGGCUGAGAUUCUCCCUGUUGUUACGGCUCGUUGAUAUUGAUAUUAAUUGUGUAGGCCUAAUAUUGUGCCUUCUUGUAACUUCGAAAAUAUAAAUCCCUUUUCUGUUUUUCUAUUUUUGGGGGGCACUGCCUCCAAAAUGUUGUAGUUGUAUGCCACAGAGUUUUACUUUCAACACGCUGUUGUUGGAUA